AUGAGAUCAAUAACGGAUAGCUCGCCAAAAUUCAAAGAUGGCAGGUCAGAGUUUAUUUCUCACAUUAUUUUUGUGCGUAAAUCUGUUUUAUGCAGUGUUUGGAAGUGAUUGUGGUUGUGACAGCAGCGAAGAAAUAGCAACUAAAUGCUCUAACGAUGUUGAAUGUGACUGUGGAUAUGGAACUUUAGAAUGCUGUUAUAUGCAUGGUGAAAAGCGCUGCGUGUGCAUGAAAGGGUACGCUCUAAACAAAGACAUUUGUGAAGAGUGUGAUUGUGGACAUGGAGUUUCAGAAUGUUCUUUCGUAAAUGACACAAAAUACUGUACUUGCAGAUCAGGUUACACUCUUAAUGAUGGCGUUUGUAAAGAAUGUGAUUGUGGACCUCAUUCAGAUAGUUGCCAGAUGAUAGGUCCCAUAAAGUUUUGCACUUGUAUUUCUGGAUACACGUUUAAUCCUCUUGAAGGCAAUUGCGAGAAACUUAAACUUCCAUAUGGAGCACUAUCAGCAUUAGCAUCAAUAAUGUAUUUUUCUGUAAUUGGUUUUGUCCUUGGUCUGAUUAAUUCUGGAUUCCUUAUCAUGCUUUGUUACAAAAGAUGCCGUGAUAAAAAACGGGAUGAAGCUCAAACGAGGUUGAUUGAAAACAUCUGAUUUCAGGAAGUUUUGUGCUAGAGUUGUGGAAGGUGUUUCUUUCAGGAUUAGAUUUAUAUUUUAUCUACUUCAGAAAGCAGCUCAAACGGGGGAAAAAUCCAUUAAAAUUUUGAACUAUUUCAAACAUGACAUUAGAAUUAUAAGUUAUUCAAAAAAAAUUGCAAAAGAAGAUUAAGUUCAAGAAAUUUUUGAAAAUUGUGAGACACAUUGAAUGCAGAAUUUGUUUAAAAAUAGUUUGUAACAGAAGAUUACUUUCAAAAAUUUGUUACUAUUUAAGAAAAACAAGGGGUUUUACUCCUUCACAGCUUGCUGUUACAUGCCGACCCUUAAUGAUUGCUGUGCAAUUAUUUAUUGUUUGUUUCACAAACAAACUAGUAUAUAAUCCUUGCUGUUUUUAAAUCUUGAGUAUAACUACUUCUGAAUAAAAUCCUUGUGGCUCUGACUAAAA